AUGAAAUUUUUAUUUUUUAUAAAAAAAAUUUUUAUUUUUCACAUAAUUAAUUUCAUUUUAAAGGCAUAUAUAAGGAAAAAAAAAUAUGAUUUUUCUUUUUUUGUAUACACUUUGAAAAUAAGUAGUUCACAAAAUAUAGAUAAUAAAAAUAGUGAACUAAAUGAAAAUAGUACAGAAAAUAGGCAUACAUAUAAUGAGAAUAAAUUAGGCUCUUCCCUUAGUAUGACUGAUCAUAAUGAUAACCAAAAGAAAAAAAAAAUGAAAAAAAAUGAUUCAAAUGAGCCUAAUAAUUCUUUAAAAGGGUUUGUAUAUUCAAAAGUUGAUAGUUUAUAUAAUGAUAAACCUAGUACAAUUAAAAAUGCCUAUGAAAAUCAAAUAGGUGAGAAUAUUAAAAUAAAUAGAAAAAUACCAAUAAUUUACACUACUAUAGAUGAUAUUAAAAAAUUUUCUAGUAUUAGAGGAAAAUUAAAAAUAGUUUAUGUUAAAUCAUUUUAUGAUCAAAACCAAAAAGAAUUAUAUGAAGCAAAAUUUCAAUUUUAUCACGACAAUGUAAUUUAUGUAACAACUUUUGCAAUCGUAAGAAAUGCUCUAGAAAAAGAUUUUAAUCAAACAGAAAGAUGGUUAGUAGCUGAUAUGAAAAUUUUACAAAAAAAUAAUUAUAAAAUUCAAGUUAGAUGUAAUGAUACAAUUAAAAGUUUUCAUAGAACUAUUUCAUUUGCUAAAGAAGAAUUAGAUAAUUUUGAAAUAUUGAGGAAAUUGCAAAAAAAUAGAGUAAAUAUAAUAUAUGACAAAUCUCUUUAUAAUUUAAGUACAUUUUACAGUGCUAAAAGAAAAUAUUUAGAAUAUAUAAAUUUUAAAUUUAAGAGACCUGAUAUAGGAAGAAGUUUUGAGACAGAAAGCAAUUAUACUUAUUUAAAAAAUAAGAAUAAUAGAGAUAAACUUUUAAAGCAUUUAAGUGCUUUUGAUAAAGUGAAAUAUGAGACUUUUAAAGCAAUGCUAGAUAAUUAUAAUACAUUAUGUGAUCUUGAAGAAAAGAAUGAAAACAUGGAAAAUAGAUUUAUUCUAUAUAACUUAUUAAAGGAUCAUAUAAUUGAGUUUGAAGAAAUUCGGGAAGUUAUUAUCUUUGAAACAAGUGAAAACAAGAUUUUUACUUACGAUCCCAAAUAUUCUAAAGAGAUAAAACUUUUAAGUAGUAAUUUUGAAAUAGAAUUAUUAAUGGAUGAAAAUACCUUUUUAAAUACUCAUAAUGAAUAUUUUUAUUUAAAAAAUUAUAAUCCUGUACAUUUAGAAUUACAAGAUAAAGGUAUUUUUAAUUCUCAAUUUCUUUAUUCCUGGUUAUCUCGAUAUUUUGUUAAUGAUCAUAAGUAUAAAAAUUAUUGUCCUCAUUUUUAUAUAGUCAAAAAAAUAGAUGAUAGUGAAAUAGGAUUACAUGAUGUAAGUUUUUAUUCUUCUGAAAAUUAUUCCUUUAUAGAAAAAGGUCAAAGAUAUGAUAAUAAUUUUACAUAUAAAAAUAAAAAUGUCUCAUUAAAAAAUAUGUCUAACUUAAUUCAAGAUAUAUCAAAAUUAUCGGGUAAAAAGGAUAUUAAACAUCAUAAAAAAAACAAUAAUUUGUUUACAACUCAAAGUAACUAUGAAUAUCUCGGUAUAUAUAAUAACGAAUGUAGCAAUAUAAAGAAGGGGAAAUGUGUAAAAUAUAUGAAUAAUAGGAAUACAAUUUCUUUUGCUGAAUUAAAUACAAGUCUAAAUAAUGAAAAAGAGAAAGACAGUGAUAAUGAAAGUGAUGAAGAAGAAUAUUUUGAUGCUGUUGAGAGCCUUGAGGAUGAUAAUAAUAAUGAUCCUAAGAACAAUAAUGGCAUUAAUACUAGUAAUAUGUAUGACGAUGAAUAUUUUGAUAGCUUUGAGGAACUUGAUAAUAGUAAUGAUAAGAAUAGUACCAAUAAUAAUGUUAAUAAUAAUAUUGAGAUGAGUGAGAAUGAUAAUAAUUCUGAGAAUAGUAAUAAUAGUAAUUCUAAUUAUAUGGAUACUAAUAAAAAUGAUGAAACUAUUGAAAACAGUGAAAACAGCAAUGAUAAUUAUUCAGAAAAUGGAAAUAGUAACGUUGAUAGUUAUGGGAAUGCUAAUGAAAACGAUCAAAAUAUUGAAAGCAGCGAGAACAGUAAUGAUAAUUAUUCAGAAAAUGGAAAUAGUAACGUUGAUAGUUAUGGGGAUGGUAAUGAAAAUGAACAAAAUAUUGAAAACAGUGAAAGUAGUAAUGAUAUUAAUACUAAGAAUGGGAACUAUAAUGAUAGUGAUCAUAAUGUUGAGAAAAUGAGUGAGAAUGAUAACCCUGAUGACAGUAAUAAUAAUAAUAAUUUUGAGAAUAGUAAUAGCAGUAACGCUAAUUAUGAAGGUGAUGAUAAUAAUUAUCAAAAUAUUGAAAAAAGUGAAAAUAAUGACGAAAAUGAUUCAAAGGGUAGAUAUGCCAAUAUUACUAAUGAGAAUUAUAAUGAAGAUAAUCAAAAUAUUGAAAAUAGAGGUAAUAAUAAUAAUUCUGACAAUAGUAAUAAUAAUAGUGAUAAUUAUAGAAGUAACAACGAAAAUGAUCAAAAUAUUGAAAAGAGAGGGAGUAGUAGUAGUAAUUCUAAUAAUUGUAACAAUAAUGAAAAUGAUAAAAAUAGUGAUAAUAGUGAAAAUAAUAAUGAUAAUCAUAGUAAUAAUGUCGAUAAUGGUGUGAAUGAAAUGGAUAAAGAAACAUCCUAUUUUGGUAUUAUUAAGGAAUACUUAAAAGGAUUUAAGAAAAUGUUAUUUUAUGGAGAUGAUAAAAAAGAAAAUUCCAAGAAUUAUAAUGAAAAUGAAGAGGAAACAUCUGCUGAUGAUAUUAAUUCUAAAUCAUCAAUGAGAUAUACUUCUUCCGAGGGCUCUAUUUGUGGGCAUCAUUCUUUAUAUAAUGAAAAUUCAUCUAAUAAAAAUUCUUCACUUGAUGAGAAUAUUUCUUCAAAUCAAGAAUCACUACCUGAUCAAGAAUCUUCAUCUAAUCAAGAAUCACUACCUGAUCAAGAAUCUUCAUCUAAUCAAGAAUCAUCAUCUAAUCAAGAAUCUUCAUAUAAUCAAGAAUCAUCAUCUAAUCAGCAAUAUUCACCUAAUCAACAACCUCUACCUAAUCAGCAAUAUCCAUCUAAUCAACAAACUCUACCUGCUCAGCAAUCUCCACCUAAACAAUCACCACCUGAUCGGCAACCUUCACCUGAUCAUCAUACAUCAAAUAAUCAUCAAACUUCUUCAAACAAUUCAUUUAUGACAUCAAAUUAUGAUUCUGAUUUAGGGGCACAUGGCUCUUAUUUACACAAGAAUAGUAUUAAAGAAAAAUUAACAGAUAAAUUUGAAGAGAAUGAUGAACAUUUACACAUUUAUAAUGAUAUACUAUCUCAAAGUUCUGAAAGAAUGAUGGUUGGGAUGAUUUCAAAAGAAUUGGAGGAUGAGUUCAUUUUAGAAUGGUUAACUGGAUAUGAUAUUUUUUGUGUUUUUAGAUCAGAACACUAUAAAGAAUUAUUUCAUGAUAAAAUAAAAAACAAUUACCUUACAGUAUUAAAUUCAUUUAAAUUUGGAAAUAAUAUUGAAAUUCCUACUAUAGCUAAAGAUUCUAAGGGAUUAACAAUAAAUGCAAAUUUUUAUCCUCAUUAUUCAUUAAUAAAGCUCUUUUUUUAUAGAGAAAGCAACGUUUUUGAAGAAGAAUUAAAAUCUUAUUUGUUAUUAAUACAUUAUUUAUUAAAUGCUAGUAAUAGUCCAUGUAAAAAUUACAAAAAUAUUAAAUAUUUUUAUAAUAAAGAUACCUUUAAUAUAUUUCAUGUAAAUUUUAUUAGCAGUAAGCUAUUAUUUUUAGCUUCCGAAUGUGCUUUAGAAAUUUUAAAAUGGAAUAUACCUAUUGGAAUAAUAAGCAAAAAUGAAACUUAUAUAAAUGAAUCAAUAUUUAACAGAGCAUUACAAUAUGUAAACAGAAAUAUUUUUCAUUAUGGAUUUAAAUUAAAUAUAUUAGUAUUAACAGACGCAGUAAAAUUUUCUAUGAAGAAUUACAAAAUAUUAGAGAAAUAUUAUGGUGACAAAUAUGAUUUAUUUUUAAAAUCAGUAUCUGAAUUAUUUUCUCUACAAUCUUUAGGCCUAGUUCAUGGAAAUAUAAAAGCAGACAAUUAUUUUAUUCAAAAGAAGAGUAACAAUGAGAAACAUUUAAAUAUAUUAUUAGGAAAUUUUAGUCACAUUACGGAAGAAGGAGGUUAUGGGAAGUUACAAGGAAGCUCUAUAUAUAUGGCCCCUGAGAAAUUAAAAUCUUUUUUUUAUACUGUCGUGGAUAAUUUAAAAAGUGAUAUUUUUUCAUUGGGAUUAAGUUUAUCUACUAUGUUUUUAAAAAAAAGUUUUUAUUUAAGAAAUAUAGAAAAUAAAAUAAAACUUUUUAAGGACAAGUAUGUAGUAAGCAUUAUCAAGAGAAAUCCAAUGGUUUCAUUAUGGAUGAAAUCCUUACAUCCCUUUAUAAAAAAAAGAUUUGAUAUUUUUAAAUAUAGAUCUUAUCUAAAAGUUACUGUAUAUAAAAUGGAAAAAAAGCUUUCUAAAAAAUAUAUAUACCAAUGGUUCACAAACAGAAAUGAGUUUAUCGGUUAUAUUCAAGGAAAUGAUCUUAAAAAACUUUUUAAUAAUAUUAAUAGUAAAAUAAAAGAAAUAUCACAUAAGUCUGCACAUGAAAACAAUUUACAAGAAAAUUAUUCCGAUACAUGUUCAUUUCAUAGUUAUUGUGAAAAUAAAUUAGAACGAACUGAUGGUACCACAGAUAAUAAUAUUAAAAAAUGCGAUGAAAAAUUUCCUAGUAAUUCUAAUGAAAUGAUUUAUCAAAAUCCUGACAAUUUUAAACAAAAUGUUCAUGUUCCUAAGAAUGAUAGCUCUUUACAAUUUGCUUCAAAUAGUUAUAAUAAACAUUUCAAUAGUGAACUAAAAGGUUUAAAAAAAUUUGGAAAAAUUGAAAAACUAAAUUUAAAAAAGCUAUUUGAGAAUAGAGUUAAAAAGAACAAAUUUCCAAUAGAUGGUGAAAGCAAUAGAGGAAAAUGUAUCCGUGAUUUUAAAAUUGCUAAAAAUGGGAUAAUAGGAACAGCUAUUAAAGUAUUUUCUAUUGAAUAUGAAAUACAUAGACCACAUAUAUUUGAUAUGUUUUCCCUUGUUAAAAGUAAAUUAAGUUUUUUGAAAAAAGAAGAUGAUGACAUUAAAAAUGCAUUAAAUAUUUUAAGAAAUAUUCUAGAUUCUGAUUUAAGUUCCAUAUUAAAAGAAAGAAUAUAUCAAAAAUCAUAUGAAAUUAAAAAAAUAAUUAUUUUAAAACAAUUAAUAUUUUAUGGAUAUUUUAUAAUACAUGAACGUUUAUCUUAUGAAUUUAAGACAUAUGAAUAUGAAAAGUUUCCUCUACAUGAAGAAAACGAAGAUACAUUUGAAACUAUUGUAAAAAAAAGUGAACAAAGAGAAGAUUUCAAUGAAUUGAGCAAUUUAUUAUUAACUCAACACAUUUAUAAUCAUUAUCUGAAUGCAAAGGUAUUUUCUACUCUAGUUAUCAAUCUAUACACUGUAAAUGAAGAGGGUUUUAAAUUAGAGACAAGUAAAAUAUAUAAAAUAUUAAGAAAAAGAAGGCUUAAAAUAUUAAGGAAAAUUGAUUUUAUAAAAAUGAAAAAUUUUUUAUUUUAUAUGAAAUCUAGAAAUACUAUAGAUAACACAACUACAACUAAUAAGGACAAUGAGUUCAAAACUAUCCUCAAUGUAAAUUACAACUUAAUAUAUUCUAAGUAUUAUAAAAAAGAGCUGUUUUUUAUAAAUUCCUUUCUUAUAAAAUUAGAUAAUUUUGUGUUGCGUGAUAUGAACAUUAAUUUAGCAGUAUUACUUAAUAAUAUUUUUUGGAAUCUCAAAUAUAAAUGUAAAUGCAUCAACUAUACUCAUAUGGAAGUUGAAUAUAAAAAAGAGACAAUGUCAAAGUAUGCAGUUAAAGAUGUAAGGAUAGAUAUGCAUAAACCAAUAGGAUCUAUUUUAAGAGGCUUGGAAAUGGGGAAAUAUUCAAAUGCAGUAAAUGAAAAUAAAAAGUCCACUUCGCAUGAAGAAUUAAAACCUAUGGAAAUUCAUUUAGAUGUUUUACUUAGAAAUAGUAUACAUAUAAAUGAAAGAAAAAUAUUCAUUGAAUGCGGAAAUAAAUUUAAUAAAAAGGGAAUUACUUAUACUCCUAGCGUUUCAAAUACUCGAAAAAAUGAAAUUGUGAAAAUAAAAAUUGGUUUAGGUCAAUCGAAGUUUUUUUAUUUAUCUUUUUAUUUAUCAACUCUGAGAUCACAAGAAAUAUUUUUGAAAGAUAUAAUUUAUUUUAUUUAUAAAAAUUAUCAGUCUAAACUUAAGAAAACUUUUUAUACCUCUAUAAAAGGAAAGAGGAAAUUACCUUUUAAAUGCCUUUCAAUGAAUCAAUAUAAUACUUUUUUUUACAAUAAUGUUACAAAUAGUUUUAUCAAAGAAACUUCUUUUAAUAAAGUUAUUUCUGCAUUAUAUAACAUAAACUUAAUGGAUCCUUUUUAUAUUAUUAAAAGUUCUUUGAAUUAUUAUAAUCAUAGGGGAAAAAAUAAUGUUUUAUUACGGUUAGUUACAAUUUCUAGUAUACUUAGUGAAAAAAAAAAUGUUAAAUCUAGUGAAUCAGCAUAUUUUCUAGAACCAUCUAGUAAUAUUUAUGAAAAAUUUGAUAAAGUUAAUUCAAUGGGAUUUAAAAUUUCUAAACAAGAUGCAAUAAAAAUUAAAAAAAGUAAAAAUAAAAUAGGUAUGGCAAAUAAGAAGAUAGGUUUUCAUUAUCUCAGUGCCGAAUGUUUAUAUUUUUUAAAUAAAAAGGUUAUAACCUUUAUUAAUGAUAAUCAUACGACAAAUGCUUUUGAAAAAAUAAUGAUUCCAUCAAAGUUUUUAUAUAUAGAAACAAAAAAGAAAUUAUUUAAAGAUGAAAAGAUACAAACUACUAAAUCUAUAAACUUUAUUAUUGUUUCUAAUAUAAUGAAUUUGCAAAAAUUUGAAGAUGAAAUUUUUACAACACAGAAAUUUGUGCAGCUAAUUUUACAAUCGAAAGAAUUACAUGAAUCUUUUGACAAAAAUUAUAAUUGUAACUUUUUAGCUUAUAAAAAAAAUACUUCAAUUUAUGAUAUGAUAUUAAGUUUUACAACAACUGAUGGAGUAAAACUUGUGUUAUAUAAAAAUAAUGAAAGUUUAUUAACAUUUUUGUUUUCUCAUAUCUUAAAAGGUCACAAAGUAAAUAAAUAUACAUCUCAAUUUUUAAAGUCAGCUAUCCAUUCAUAUAAUUUGAAAAUAUAUUUUGUUUUCAAGAGCGAAUUAAAAAGAAUUUUUCCUACUUUAGAAAAUUCCUUUGUCACAAAGAAAAAGAAUAAAAGUUUGCAAUAUGCUGAAUGCUUAAAAUCAUUAGAAGGAAAGAAUGUCACAUUGUCUUACCAGAGAAUCAGUGAAGUAAUGUAUGUUCCUAUAAGAGUAAAAAUUUUUAAUAGAAACAUUAUGUAUAAGUUAUCAAAACAAAAUUUAAAAAAAUUGAUAUAUAGUUUUAGUAAUUUUGAUGUAUCAAGUAAAUAUGGACAUCGAUUAUAUAAUCAUAUUCUAUCUACUUCAUCGGAAAUUCAAGAAAAAUUUAGGUAUUUGUUUUUAAGCGAUUUAAAUUAUUAUGUAAAUAUUCCAAAUAAAAUAAUAAAAAAUAAGAAGCUAUUUUCAGUAACUAUGAAUGAUAAACUUUAUUGCUAUUUAAAAAAAAAUAAAUUUAAAAAUAAUUACCCUUUUAUUUUAGAAGAAAUUAUUAAUUAUAUGAAUGAGAAUCCUGAGGAACAUUUUUUUGCUAUUGAAAAUGGAACAAAUUAUUUUAUGAAGAAAAAGAUACUGAAAGUUUUAAGAAGAAAUCAUUAA